AUGGUUGAGGCUACACAAAGCACCGCCGCAGAGAAAUCGAAUGGAGCUGCGCCCCCGGUUAUGACGACGUCGAAGGAUCCCCAGCAGAACGGCGACGACGCCAAUGCCUCGCGGCCCCCGAAGCCAGACCAGCAGCCGCAGCCGCACGCGCCGGCCCAGCAGCAGUCGGCGGCGCAGAAGCAGCAGCAGCAGCAGCAGCAGCAGCAGGGUGCCGACAAGAAGGCUGCUGCCGACAAGGAUGGCGCCGCGCAUAAGAGCACGAGCCCGCCCAAGAAGCGGCGGAAGGUCAAUCAUGGUGCGCAGAAGACCAAUCAGUCAGGCAGGAGCACGAGGAAAACGGACCCACGGCUAACUGGCAGCGAUAGCUUGCAUCUAUUGCAGACGUUCGGUGAGCCGCCUCACUCCCGCCCACGCGAAUGGCGCACAAGACCGGUGCACGACAUGCUGACCAUUGCGCCUAUCUUGCCGCCCAUAGCACAUGACAUGCGAUCUCACCCGCCCGGCGGCCAGUCCCAGGACGAGGACCAGCCGAAGAAUCUGGACCCCACCGCUGUGCCCGACGCCCCUCUCGGCCCGCUGGACCAGCGUCACGGCUCGCAAGAUGCAGCCAUCGGGGCCCUUGCGCCGCCUCCAUUGCCGCACGCUCUCUCCAACGCUACCCCGGGCCCCAUCGCCCAGCCCGCACCCGUCCCCGCCCCACACGCUUCGAACCUCGCCGGCAACUCUCAGUCAUUUUCCAAUUACAAUGACUGGAACUUUGGCGCCUCCAAUAACUUCCAGGACAUGCACGCUUUCCAUCCCUCCUACAUGUUCAACGCUUCCGAGGCAUCCAACGAGUACAACCUGCUCAACGACCUGCUAAGCAACAGCCUCAUGGACGACGGCGCGCUGUACAACGGCGAGGAGAUGGGCAGCCUCUUUCCAGACCAGCCGCUCACUAACACGAUGAAUGCAUUCAGCGGCCAGAACUCGCUAGUGUCUGGCCACCAACAGAACAACCAGCUCCUGCCGCCGUCGCAAGCUGCGAUUGGCAGCGCCAUCUCACGGCCUGCGAGCGGCUUCCCUCUCGACAAGGCGCGCGAAGCCUACUACAUGACGGCUGCUGACCCGGCGGGAAACGACACGCCAGAGGAGCGUAUGAACAAGCUUUUGAAAGCCAAGUUCGAUGCAGGGAUGCUCAAGCCCUUCAAUUACAUCAAGGGCUACGCGCGGCUGUAUCAGUACAUGGAGCGCAAUUUCCAGGCCAUCUCUCGGCAGAAGAUUUUGCGGUGUAUGGACAGAUUCAGACCGAAGUUCAGAGAGCGCGUGCAGACCUUGACCGACAUCGAACUCGUCCGCGUCGAGAUGUGGUUCGAGCGACGCUUGAUGGAAUAUGAUCGCGUGUUCGCUAGUAUGGCGAUACCCGCAUGCUGCUGGCGGAGAAGUGGCGAGAUCUUUCGCGGCAACAAGGAAAUGGCCGAGCUGGUCAAUGUGCCUAUCGAAAACCUGCGAGAUGGUAAGAUCUCGCUCCACGAAAUUGUCGAGGAAAAGUCGCUCGUCAGCUAUUGGGAGAAGUUCGGCGCCAUCGCAUUCGACAGCUCGCAAAAGGCCAUCCUGACUAGCUGCUCGCUGAAGAACCCCAAUCCGGAUUCGAAGGAUCCGGAGAUUCGGUGUUGCUUCUCCUUCACGAUCCGAAGAGAUGCUCAUAACAUUCCGUCCGUGAUUAUCGGGAACUUCUUACCUAUAAUUAAUGACAGCCCGGGCUCGAGCUCUUGA